UUUUGUAAUUUUCUUAGAAGAUUUCAGCAAAACAUAAUUCAGUGAUUGACUAAACUUGGAUCAAAUUUCUGAUUUCAAUCUGUCUAUUCAAAUUUUUUACUGUUUUAACGAAUCCUGCAUUUAAAUAAUCUCUUCAUAUAUGUGUUGACGGCCUGAAUAUAUAGCAAUGAUGAAAGCAUUAGGUUUCUUACUGGCAUUGGUUUCGUAUACAAGUGCACUGUACAGUAGCGGUGAUGAUGUUGUCGAAUUGACAUCAGCAAAUUUUAAAUCAAAAGUUUUGGACAGCGAUGAGCUUUGGCUUGUUGAAUUUUAUGCCCCAUGGUGCGGACAUUGUCAACAGUUGGUACCUGCUUGGAAAAAGGCAGCUAAAACAUUGAAGGGUGUUGCAAAGGUAGGAGCAGUAGAUAUGACGGCACAUGAAUCUGUUGGAAGACCAUAUGGUAUCCAAGGCUUCCCAACUAUUAAAGUUUUUGGAUAUAAUAAAAAUAAACCAACAGACUAUCAAGGUGCCAGAAGUGAAAAAGAAAUUAGUGACUUUGCUUUUCAAGCUUUGAGAAAAAUGGUCCAAGAUAGAGAAAGUGGUGGUGCAGGUGAUGAUCAGGAACAAGGCAAAGGUAGACAAGAAAGUGGUGGAAAUGCAGUUGUCACGCUUAAUGAUAAUAAUUUCAAAGAACUUGUUUUGGACAGUGAUGAACCUUGGCUUGUUGAAUUUUAUGCACCAUGGUGUGGUCACUGCAAACGAUUAGAACCAGAGUGGAAAGCUGCUGCUAACAAACUGAAAAAUGAAGUUGGAGAUGCAGUUCGAAUGGGUGCAGUUGAUGCUACUGUUAGUCAAUCACUUGGGAAUAAAUAUGGGGUUCGUGGCUACCCAACUAUAAAAGUGUUUCGUAAGGGGGCUAAAGAGAGUCCUGAAGAUUUUCAAGGCGGAAGGGAUAGUUCUUCUAUAUUCAGUGCAGCUAUGGAACUCUAUGAAGAAAAUGUUGAGCCACCAACUAUUGAUGAACUUAUCUCCGCAAAGGUGCAAGAAGAUAACUGCAUUGGAAAACAACUUUGUGUUAUCUCUUUUCUUGCAGACAUUCUUGAUACUGGUGCUAAAGGUAGAAACGAAGCAUUGGAAUUGUUGACUACUAUGGGAGAAAAAUUCAAGAAGAAGCAAUGGGGAUGGGUGUGGACUGAAGCUGGAAAACAAAAAGAUUUGGAAAAAGCUUUGAACAUCGGUGGAUCUGGUUUCCCUGCAAUGGCGGUCAUUGUAGACAAGAAAAAAUUCUACACUGUUCUUACUGGACCUUUUAACCAUGAUGGCAUUGAAUCUUUCUUGAAUGGAAUUUCAUACGGUAGGGCAGGUAGAAAUUCUCACGCUCUACCUGAUUCUCAACUUCCAAAUGUUGUGGAUUGUUCACCUUGGGACGGAAAAGAUGGACAGUUACCUCAAGAAGAAGAAGUUGAUCUUAGUGAUUUCAAAUGGGAUGAUGAAUUGUGAUGCAGUCGUAUAUUUUUCUGUAGGUCAUGUCUAACGAGAACAAAAAUUUGACCAGACCAAAUAUCGUCCUAGCACCAGAAAUAUAUUUAAUAAACCCUUAACAAAUCUGGAACCUCAAUUUUGAGAUUAAUGUGCCUUGGUGCCUAUGGAAGCAUUAUUUUUUAAAUUGUCUUAAGAGCAUAUAAAUGGUGGAACUUAAUGAAAAUGGAAACUUGUAUUUUACCAUACCUAAUAUUGGGUUUUUUUUAAUGGAAGCUGAACUUGAAGCUUUUCAAUGUGUGAAACUGAAAACUCAUUUUUCAUGCAAUUAGUUAUUUCGUUCUGAUCUUUUAGGACCAUUUGCUCUACUCAACCAUGGAUUUAUUUAAAAUCUACUUUCGUUCAUUAUAUUUGUGUUAUAUAUUGAUAGUUAAUGAUUAGGUGACAAAUGCAGUUGAACUUUUGAUGUUUCUCCACUCCUUAAUAAAGCUCAACUGUGGAGGAGUUCUGGUGAACCUUAGUCUUCUACUGCGCAUCAAAGUGAAGGUUGUGUUUUCAACAAAUAGAUAUAUUAUGCCGCUUAA